UUCUCUCCCUUUCUUCUCCGGAUAUCUUCUGGUGGUGGCGGCGGCGGUCGGAGGUCGCCGGCGAUUCGCAGCGGCGAAGAUUCGGGCCGGUCCGGCGGAGCGGUUGGCCGAGCGAGGGCGAUCUCCUCCUCCUUCCCGGAGGAAAUUCCGGUGCGGGGAGCAAAGGCAGGGGCGUCGAUCUUGGUGCGGCGGGGGAGAGGGAGAGCGAGAGCUAGGGCGAGGGAGGGAGAGGCGCGAUGUCGAAGAAGAAGGCGUUCAGCGGGAGCACCAUGACGCUCAAGGACUUCCACGGCGGCUCCAUCCCUUCCGAUCUCCCUCUCCCGUCCGCUCCCGGCGUUGCUGUGAGGCCGUCGGCGGGAUUCGAGAGGCAGGCGCCGUGGGGGAACCCCGUCGGCCGUCCCGAGCACCGCUCUCGGCCCAGCUCGUCCCCGGCGACCAGGCAUUUCGACGACAAGUCGCCGUUCCUCAGCCAAACCGUGCCUAUCGGCCGUAAUUUCGAUGAGGACGAGCGCAAGCCCCUCGACGGGAUAUCGGCCCCGCGCCGAACGAUUAGCGACGAUAGCAUUAGGGUUUCUUCCCGUUUGGAGCUGAAGCCGCAGUCUGUCGCGGUGGGCAGGGUUCCGAGUCAGCAGGGCCAAUCUCAGGUUUUGCAGUUGCCGAGCCAUCCUCAGAGUCCGUACUUUGGAGUAGCUGCAGAGGGUACGCAGUUGGGUAUGAGUUCGCCGAGUGCAGGCGGAAGUCACAGGCCUGGAGCUCCUGGGUCUUCGGUGAAUGUCUGGGCUGCGAGGAAGGAGGCUGCAAGUGUCGGGGAUUCAUUGCAGUCUGCCUGGUCUGCUUCGAAUGCUGCUUCCAAACUGGUUCACGCCAGUGCUCUUGAUAAGGUGUCAUCUGGUAGGUGGCAGUCGAAACCAACGGUUCCGUAUCAGGUCGAUGCGGAAGUCAGUAAGUUUGUGGAGGAAGAAAGUGAGUUGAUCACCAGGGGGGUUGAUGAUGGGAAGUAUAGAAGGAGCAAUGUGGUGGCUGUGAGGGAACAUCAUGAUGCAGCACUGGCAAGGCAAGUGGAGAGGAAUUUGAAUAUCGCUGAAGGGGUUCACGGUGGUAGGAAAGGAUUGCCAGAUCAUAUGAUGGUUGAGGAUCUAGUGUCUUCAGAUGGAAAAGAAAAGAACCCACCCAUUUAUUCUGAGUCUGUUAAACUGAUGCAUACAGAGGGUAAACUUGGUCAAUCUAGAGUGCAGCAACCCGUGCCUUCAGAAGCAUCAGAGAGGCCUAAGUUGAAGUUAUUUCCAAGGACAAAGCCAUUGGACAGUUCUGAACCACCUUCUGGUGAACCUAAACUGGUGCAUCAGAGACCAAUUGAUUCGGCGCACUCAGGAACAACUGAUGAAUUGCAGGGCAUAGUGAAUCCUGUGAAGCAUGCUUUACAUGGAACGGAAAGUGGGAAUCAGGCAGUAGAGCGACCAAAAUUGAACUUGAAACCGAGAUCACAGCCCACUGAGCAAUUGGAAGGAAACAAAGAACGUGAUAGGAGUACAGUGUUUGGUGGUGCUCGUCCACGAGAAUUGGUUCUAAGAGAGAGAGGGAUUGAUGAUGUACCUGUCAACAAUCGCGAUUUGGGACCAAGUUCUGACAGGUUAAAAAAUGACGUUCCAAAGACGGAGAGAGCUUCUGGGAAUGUUAUACCCACCCAUUACAGCGAACAAUCUGAAAACCUUGUUAUUGAUCAGAGAAAUGGGAAGAAAUUUGAGAGGAAAGAUCAAAGGAUUGUUGAAAAAGAUGAUGUACAAAGGAAGAACUGGCGCAACGAGAAUCAUCGGAACGGUAGAGAAGCAGAGAAGCAGCAGCAACCUCACCAUCAACAACAGCAGCCAGAGAGGCGGCCUUCUCCCGAAACAUGGCGCAAGCCAGUGGAGGAGCCACCACCAAAACCAGCUUCUCCGGAAGCAGGUGGGCGAUUUGGCAAAGCAGCUUCAGCUGUUGAGCUUGCGCAAGCAUUUUCCGGUUCAUUCUCAGCUCAGCCGUCAACUCCAAAGUUUCCUGGUCAAAAGGGCAUUCCCGCACAGCCACAGAUGCCCUUCUCACGGCUUACGGGUCCCACUCCUCGCCCACAGAUCAACGGUUACUGAAAUCUCUCUGAAUUGGUGUGUGCACACACACCUAAUAGCAGUGAUAGGGUGCCUGGAAGCACUUCAAUCGAGCAUGCGCAGUAAAGCACGUGAUCCAGUGCUACUUAAUUUUUCUCCAUUUUCUAUUUGUCCUCUCUUUUGGUUUAUGAUGGAGAACUUGCUGUAAGACAACCGGAUUAUUGCAUUGAAGUCCUUGAAGGAUCUGUUUUGCAACAA